AGCAACUAUGCAGUGCCUUAACCAAAAGCCCUUCACGGCCACACGGCCCGUUGCCAAGUGCGCACGCCGCGUAAUUCGCUGCAAUGCGCAGUCGCGCCAGACCGAUGCUGUCCUGAAGGCCACAGCUGGCGCUGCAGCGCUUGCUUUCGCUUCCACCUCCACAGCUCAUGCUGCUGAAAUUUUGAGCUCUGCAACCGGCCUUGAUGGCUCGCUUACUUUCGCUGUGGGCGGUGGCGUGGCUAUCGCUGGGCUCGGGGCGCUUCUUGUCGCUACAGAUCCCCAGAAGCGGCGCACAGAGCAGAUGGCGCAAACUGGAGGAGAUGAAAAGGAGGCGGUGAAGAACUACUUCGACACCGCUGGGUUUGAACGAUGGCGCAAGAUUUAUGGUGAAACCAACGAGGUCAAUAAGGUACAGCUGGAUAUUCGCACAGGGCAUGCUCAGACUGUGGACAAGGUGCUCCGCUGGGUGGACGAGGAGGGCAGCGUUGCCGGCCUUACUGUGUGUGAUGCUGGCUGCGGGACAGGCAGCCUGGCCAUCCCGCUUGCCUUGCGGGGAGCGGCAGUGAGCGCGAGCGACAUCAGCGCGGCUAUGGCUGGCGAAGCCGAGCGGAGGUAUCAGACGGCGUUAAGUGCGUCGGGCAGCAAGGCACCCAAGCUGGCUCCCAAGUUUGAGGCGAUGGAUCUCGAGUCCAUUCAGGGCAGCUACCAUACUGUCACCUGCCUAGAUGUGAUGAUUCACUACCCUCAGGACAAGGUGGACGGCAUGAUCACCCACCUGGCGUCCCUGGCAAAUACCCGCCUCAUCAUAUCCUUUGCGCCCAAGACUCUGUCUUACAGCAUCCUUAAGCGCAUUGGCGAAUUGUUCCCGGGGCCUAGCAAGGCUACACGCGCGUACCUGCACCGGGAGGAGGAUGUGGAGGCGGCGCUGCAGCGCGCUGGUUUCAAAGUGACCAAACGCGAGAUGACCGCGACCAGCUUCUAUUUUUCGCGCCUGCUUGAAGCCGUGCGUGUAUGAGUUCGGGUUGGGUGUGCAUGAGGAGGGAGAGGUUCAUGCAUGUGGUUUCGCUUGAUCUUAAAUAGCCGGAAGCAGCAUUUUGGGAUAGGUCAGGUGGAUUGCUGGACGCUGUACGAAACCACAGGUGUGUUGCCUCGUGUGGCAACUCAAUGGAGUCCUUCGGGAAGUGCUAAUGAAAUUUGUAACGCAAAUGGAGUGGACUAGCCAAUAGUCAACGGCAUUUGGAUAUUUGUAAGCUGCCUAGAGU